CAAAGCAUAUACAUUGAUGCCCACUACUUCUUAACUCACCUUUUUUCUCUCUUUAUAUACCAUUAUUUCUUUUUCACUGUACUUUUUGCACAAACAAGAGAACAACAACAUCAUUUCAUUACAUUUUCAAGUCUUGAUCAUCAUUAGAAACAACUCUUGUGUUUGAAAGAUACAAAAGUUGGGAGCUUUCACUUCUUUCUUACAUAUUUAUAACAAUACCUCAACUGGGUGUUUGUUGAUUCAAUGGGAUCCUCUUCAGGUCAAAGCAAUAGCUACGAUCUUUCUUUUAAGAUCUUGUUGAUCGGUGAUUCAGGUGUUGGUAAAAGCAGCCUUCUUGUCAGCUUCAUUUCAAGCUCUGUAGACGAUCUUGCACCCACCAUUGGUGUCGAUUUUAAGAUCAAGUUGCUAACAGUCGGUGGGAAGAGAUUGAAGCUGACAAUUUGGGACACAGCUGGACAGGAGAGGUUCAGAACAUUAACAAGCUCUUAUUAUAGAGGUGCCCAAGGAAUCAUUCUUGUUUAUGAUGUCACAAGGAGAGAAACCUUCACAAACUUAUCAGAUGUGUGGACUAAGGAAGUGGACCUAUACUCAACCAAUCAGGAUUGUGUCAAGAUGCUUGUUGGAAAUAAAGUUGACCGAGAUUCUGAAAGGGGUGUAAGUAGAGAAGAGGGGAUGAAUUUUGCAAAAGAGCACGGGUGUUUGUUUCUUGAAUGUAGUGCUAAAACUAGAGAAAAUGUGGAGCAAUGCUUUGAGGAGCUUGCAUUGAAGAUAAUGGAGGUUCCUAGUCUUUUGGAAGAAGGAUCCAGUGCAGUGAAGAGAAACAUUUUAAAGCAGAAACCAGAAUACCAGGCACCUCCCAGUGGUGGUUGUUGCUCAUAAGGCAUUAAUACGAAAGAAAGACUAAAAUACCAGCGCCUACUCCGCCUGUUUAAGGCUUAUACGGUGCAUCCCCUUUAACAUUAUGAAACAGAUCAUGUAUAUGUAAUUUCUUCCUUAUUAUUUCUUAGUGCUGCUGUCGCUUUUUCUGAGUUGCCAUAGUCGUACCAUUAUUCUGGGAAGUUGGCACUCGAAUAACAUCUAUUAGCUUGUGUAAAUGUUUGCCUUUUGUUUAAUUCCCUUAAUGAUCCAUGUUAGAAAAACAAAAGUGCAUGUAUUUUAUUGAUUUUACGUGAGUUUUCUGAUUA